ACACCUUCCCCUCCCAUUUCUCCCCUCUCUAUUCCAUCGCUAAUCUAAGUCUUUCAGCUCAUCUUCACCCAUGCCACCUCUGCGCUUCAACGCUUUUCUUCUGCUCUCUUUGCUCCUCUUCAUGCCUUUCUCUUAUGGCAUGGUUAACGGUGGAAUGCAGGCCAAAUAUCAGUCUCUCCAUCAACAGAUGAAGGGUGUGAAUGAGAAGAUCCAAAUGACUUCAUCAAGGAAACUGUUGAUGGGUGCAAUGCUGGAUUACGAGGAAACAGGUGCUAAUACUAAGCACGAACCCAGGAAAAGACCUGGAAAACCCUGAUAUAUUUACUAAACUCUCUGCUCUCCACUCAUUCUUGAUGUUCUAAGUACUAUUAGAAAGGCGUAAUAUUAUGGUGUUUUUGGAUGAGUUUUUAUUAGUAUUAGUAUAAUGAAAACCCUACGCAGUGGAUGUAUUACAAUUAUUCUUUUUUCUUUUUCUUGGAAAGGUAUUAUCAUUAUCCUUAAAACUACAUAGUCAUUGCAGUAUUUUGUUUACGGUGCUAUUAUUGCCCUUGCCUGCCAUAAUCAUAUAUUUAUGAAUAAAAUAAUCUACUUUUCUGUUA